AUGAGAGAGAGUAGCCAUAGACCUCUCAUAUUUGGAACCCCUUUCCUGUCUACUGUGGGUGCCAUAUUUGAUUUCCCCAAUCAAAGAAUCUCUUUCAACAAGAGGAGAAAGCUCUCUGAAGCCACCCCAAAGAAGGAGAAACUGAAGAUUCAAUCAAGGAAGAUCCCAUUCCUAAGCCCAAGCAGCUUGCCACUCAAGCAAGGAGUAAGACUAAGGCCCCUACACCAAAACCGCCCAAGGGAUCAUCCAAGAUUGAAGAUGAGGCCAAGCCAAGAAGGAAGGAUAAAGAAGCCUCGAUCUGGCCGCAACAUGAAGCUUCUAUUCCCAAAGGAGCUUAUUGAUGAGAAUCUAGAAGGAUUCAAGGAGAAAGUGACAAGAACUCUACAACUUUUUCCUAAGGCAUUCUACCAAGGGACAUUCAUGGAGAGAUUGUCUAUCCAGCUGUGA